UCAUAUUACUGGAUAAAGGAAGAACAGUUUAAACUGCCGUAUGCAGGAAAGACGGCUGGUAAAAAGUCGCCGACUGAGUGAACAUGAAAAUGAAUAGAAUAUAGCUGACCAUCUGCAGAACGAUUGUAUUACAUCUGCGCGGACAGAAACCCUGGGUUGAUUCGAGAGGUGAUAUUCAGCGUCGUAGGAGUGCUUUGCGAGACCCCGUUUGUUAAGAUGGGGUUGGUCCAUUGCUGCAGUGCCUUGCUGCUGCUUGUCUUUAUUCCCAAAGGCUGUCAUGGAGGAAACAUGUUGGUCUUACCCGCUGACGGUAGCCACUGGCUCAACAUGGAUAUUCUAAUUAAGGCUUUGCACUCCAGAGGACACAAUGUAACUGUUGUCCGUUCUAGCAGAAGCUGGUACAUCAAGGAAAAAUCCUCUUAUUACAAUACUUAUACAGUUCAAGUGGAGAGGAGUAUCGAUCAGAAGUUCAUUACCAAACUCAUAUCUGAGUCCUUAAAAUUUGAAAGGGGGGCUAUUCCCUUGACAAGUUUUCUAAACGCGGCUGUAGGAAUGAUAGGCGUGUUUGUGGAUGCUCAUACCACCGUGGGUGAAUUAGUAUCAGCAAUGCUAGAUGACAAACAGUUAAUGAGAACCCUAAAGGACAGCAAGUUCGACAUGGUACUCACCGACCCAUGCUGGGGCCAUGGGGUUAUUUUAGCCAAAUAUUUGAACCUUCCUUUGGUUUAUAAUGUUCGUUGGCUACUUUCUGGAGAGGCUCAUCUUGCUAUUGCUCCUUCCCCUUUAUCAUAUAUCCCUAUAACUGGAUCUGGACACACUGAUACAAUGACCUUUUUUCAGAGAGUAAAAAAUGUUUUAUACCAACUAAAUAACCUCAUACAACACCAAGUGGUGGUGAAGCUAGUAUACCAGAAAUUGUGUGACAAAUACCUUGGGUCUGAUAUUGACUUUAACCAGUUAUUGCUUGGUGCAGACAUCUGGCUGAUGAGAGUGGACUUUGUGUUUGAGUUUCCUCGUCCCACCAUGCCUAAUGUUGUCUAUAUCGGAGGGUUCCAGUGCAAACCAGCAAAGCCUCUUCCUGAGCACCUGGAGGAGUUUGUGCAGAGUUCUGGAGAGCAUGGGGUCAUCAUCAUGUCUCUGGGGAGCUUUGUAAGUGAACUUCCCUCUGAUAUGGCAAAUGGGAUCGCUGCAACUUUUGCUAAAUUACCCCAAAGAGUCAUCUGGAGAUAUACAGGUCCCAGACCAGCCACUCUGGGCAACAACACGUUAAUGGUAGACUGGAUGCCACAGAAUGACCUUUUAGGACAUCCCAAGAUAAAACUUUUUGUGGCUCACGGAGGAACAAAUGGUGUUCAGGAGGCUAUUUAUCACGGUGUCCCAGUUGUUGGUCUGCCGCUGUUUUUCGACCAAUUUGACAACCUGCUGCGUCUAAAGGAGAGAGGCGCCGCUAAACUUACUACCAUUCGAACAGUGGACCAAGGCAACACCUUUCAGGAUGCCAUCCAGGAAGUCCUGAAUGAGCCCUCCUACAGGUUGAACAUGCAGAGACUCUCCAGACUGCACAGAGAUCAGCCAAUGAAGUCGCUGGAUACCGCCCUCUUCUGGAUAGAGUUUGUCAUGAGGCACAAAGGUGCAGCUCACCUGAGAACAGAGUCCUACAGACUGCCCUGGUACUCCUACCACUCUGUAGAUGUGAUUUUGUUCCUGGUUGGAGCUUUGCUACUUGUGAUCUUCACUUUCUUCAUUUUCAUCAGGUGUUUGUGCACCACAAUGUGUAAAUCUAAAGUGAAACGUGAUUAAGCAUUCAAUGGAUAUAAAUUGUGGACAUUGAAUACAAAUGAUUUAUCAACAUGAAAGUUGAUUUUAGGAGUAAAGUUAUGGACUUAUAUAAGAUGGUUUGAGUGCUCAUUAAUGGAACAUUUGACAGCUGAUAAGCUUUAGCAUUUUUCUUUGUCAUUUGGAUUAGUCUGAUCAUAUUUGAAUAAAGUAUUGAUGUUUUAGCAUUUUUCAUAAUGUAACAAGCAGAAUACGUGGAAUUUGAGAAUCUUGUCGUGUUUAAUUAGUCACAAUGUGGAUUCUGUUUGACCUUUGUUCACAUUAUGCAGAACUAGUUCUUAAACCUAAAAGUAGCUGUUAUGAACAUAAACUUGUCACUAAAAGAGAUUCACAGGCUUUGAUUACUUUGCUGUGAUUAAUCCUGGAGAAGCUGACAAAUGUUUUCAGACUCAUUCACAUAAAUUGUUUUUUCUGUUUGCCAGUUUUACACCUCCAACCAACAGGCAGUGCGUCUGUAUUUUUACAUGCCUAAUGUAAACGCACUGAAGGAGUCAUCGCAGCUUCAGGUGUUCAUGCUUUGUGUGACAACAGUUUUUAAAUAUGCCAUGCCGAGCUGAAGCCUUUUUUAUAUGUGUGUUUUUCUGCUUGCAUGCUGUGCACCUCUGUUUCACCUCCACCAGCCACUGCUUCCUGAUGUUCUCCUGUAUGUUAUUUUAAUGUUUGAUCAGAUUUUAUCAAAAUAAUUGUAUAAACUAAAUUGAUGUUUUGACAUUUUUUAA